AGAGGCCAAAUGGAGUAGUGAAAGCGUUUAGGGGAUGGAUGUGUUGACACACCAGCAGUCAGCUGAGCGUGAGCUGCUGUGGGGUUGUUAUCUGGAGGAAGUUCACUGUGUGCACACUCAGCUCUGGACUCCAGCGAGGCGGCAGCAGUCAAGUCCUGUAGCAUCUCGGGUAUUUAGGGCACAAUGGAUUAUCUUGACGACUAUGACUCCACAGCCGUCUACAACUACACCGAGGAGACGAUCCCUUGGCACGAGGAGCCCGUUUUCAAGCACAGGUCCACAUGUUUCAGCGGCGUCCUGUGCGUGUUGCUGCUGGUGGUCAGCGUGCUCAUCUUCCUGCUGGGCUUCUUCGGAAACGGACUGGUCAUCUGGAUCGCGGGCUUCAAGAUGAAGAGGACGGUCAACACGUCCUGGUACCUGAGCCUGGCCGUGUCCGACUUCGUCUUCUGCGCCUUCCUGCCGUUCAACAUCGUCAGCAUGGUGAUGGAGGAUUGGAUCUUCGGCGUGUUCCUCUGCAAGUUCGCCUCCUGGGUGAUGUUCCUCAACAUGUUCAGCAGCAUCUUCCUGCUGGUGGUCAUCAGCGUCGACCGCUGCGUCUCCGUCGUGUUCCCGGUGUGGGCUCAGAACCAGCGCACGGUUAAAAAGGCCUGGGUGGUGAUCGUGCUGGCCUGGGUUCUGGCCAUGGUCCUGAGCGUGCCCUCCAUAGUCUACCGAGACAUCAACACUCACCUGGGCGCGACCACUUGCUUUAAUAAGUACCCGUUGUACAGGACCCAGCAGAUAGUGGCGCUGAGCCGCUUCCUCGCUGGGUUUGUGGUCCCUUUGGUCAUAAUCUUCACGUGCUACUCCAUCAUCAUGUCCAAACUGCGCAACAACAGGAUGAACAAGUCGUCCAAGCCCUUCAAAGUCAUGACGGCGCUGGUUGCUGCUUUCUUCACCUGCUGGCUGCCCUACCACGUCUUCGUCCUGCUGGAGCUGGAUGAAAAGCACCACAGCAGCGCCCUGAAGGCGGGACUCCAAAUAAGCACCUACGUGGCCUCGGCCAACAGCUUCCUCAACCCGGUGCUGUACGUCUUCAUGGGCAGCGACUUCAAGAAGAAGUUCAGGAGCUCAGUGCUGUCAAAGAUGGCAAACGCGAUGGCGGAGGAGGCCCGCACCACCAGCAGGUACCUGUCCAGGUCCAGCUCCAUGGACGCCAGAGCCUCCACACACAUUUAGAGGUUCUGAGUGCGACUGGGUGGAAUACGUCGUAACGUAAUGAUAAAACAGGAACUUGUGAUUGGUAUCAUUUACUGUAUGCACAACUAAAGGGAUGUUCUGUGGUUGCGCUGCCACCGACCCCACGCUGUGCAAGUUUUCUUUAUUGCAGCUGAAGGUGCAGACGUUGCUUUAGAACUGGUCUGCGUUCAGUGGUUGAUCUUCAUGUUCACCUCUGGUGAUGAUUGAUAAAAGCAGUUUGUUGUAACUGUAGGUCUGUUUUUCAUUUCCUGAGUAUACAGUGAAUAAAUGUAAAUAAUAAAUGUAAAUAAUAUGCA